AUGUCAAGUGACAUAGUUCGACCUAAUUCGAUCUCACAGCUAAUGCCAAAUAUGAAAAAUGUCAACCUAACAUUUAUUGUUCUUGACAUUGGCCAGUCACGACGUACGCCACAAGGACAUGAUGUUCGAACAAUACGCGUUGCUGAUCCAACAGGUUCUGUUCUCAUGGGUGUAUGGAACGAUGUUGGCGAUAAUAUUUCCGCUGGUGACAUUUGGCGAUUAAGGAAUGGUUUUACGACGAUCUUCAAGGGUUCACUGAGUUUAUCAUAUGGUAAAAUGGGUGAACUGUUAAAAACGGGUGAGUUUUUUAUGGUUUAUUCGGAGAUUCCAAAUAUGAGUGAAUAUAAUGCUGAGUAUGCGGCAAAAUUCCCAUCGAAUCGGAAGGGUUCACCGGACGAUGAAACAACAGGCAAUGGACAAGGAGGUAAUGGUAUUGCACAACGAUCCCAUUCAACAGCUGGUAUCCAUCGACCAGUAAAACGGUCAGUGCCAUCUCAGGGACAGUUCCGACGUGAUAACAUUGCCAACAAAAAUGCGAGAAAUUCUUGA